AUGCGGGGGCCCAGCAGCGGCGGCGGCGGCGGGUCGGCUGCUCAGCUGACUAAAACGGCGGUGCGUGCGCACGUUCGCGUCCCCUUCUCGCUCACGUUCCCACUCCAGUGCUCACACACCAUGGCUGCCCCCUCGUCGUCGUCGCACGAUCCGGCUUCGAAGGGAUCUGUGGAGCAGGAACGUCCAGAUUUCAGCCGAUCUACUACGCGCACGUCGCUAACCGAAGAUUUGGAGGAACAUCCUCUGCCAGAUCAGCAAAAAGCAAAGUUGGUGGAGCGGUACCUGGCUAGGGGCGAUGAUAAGGGUGACGAACAGGAAGUACCCAGCGAGAACCCUUCUCUCAUUUCCACACCAGGCACACGUAGCUCCAUUGCUGUGGAUGAUGAAUACCAGGCUCCGCAUCAUCUUCCCGGCGGCGCUAUCACCGAAGACCUGUACCGAUGGGCGCACCAAAAGCGUCCGAAGCAGCGCCGCUCUGAGAGUAUGCAUCUCCCCAAUACAAAUGGUAUCAAUGCACCCAUCGAUAUCGAUGUGCUGAAGCAGCCUGGUGGAUUUCGCCGUUCGUACGUCCUGAUCCAGGCGGCCGAGCAGGGCAAGCCGCCCCCUCGUGCUCUGAAGAGCUUUGUCGAGUUUCUCAUGUUGUACGGUCAUUUUGCAGGCGAGGAACUGGAUGAAGACGAGCUGUACGACGAAGAAGAAGACAUCGAGACAGCUGGCGAUGCGAUCCCUGGCGCUUCCUCUGUGCGUCCUGGCCAAGGCAAUCUUGAGACCUCGCACUUGGUCCAAGGGCGAUCUGUCCACGGCUCUAUUCCCUCCUUCCGUGGCCACCGUAAGCAUGAGCAUAAGGGUGAUGCUACCGUGACAGAUGCUGUGCUCAUGCUACUCAAGUCGUUCGUGGGCACAGGUAUUCUUUUCCUUGGCAAGGCCUUCUUCAACGGUGGCUUGCUCUUUUCGACUACGGUCAUGUGUAUCAUUGCAGCUAUUUCUCUGUGGUCUUUCCUUUUGCUGGUGCAAGUGAAUCAAAAACUGCAUCUUGGCUUCGGUGACUUGGGCGGUGCGCUGUAUGGCCCGUAUAUGCGCACGGCCAUUCUCACUUCGAUUGUCGUUUCGCAACUGGGUUUCGUAUCGGCCUACACUGUGUUUGUUGCUGAGAACAUGCAAUCGUUUGUACUCUCUGUCACACAGUGUCGUACGGAGGUCUCCAAAGGCGCUCUGAUCUUCUUCCAGUGCCUCAUCUUCUUGCCUCUGAGCCUUGUGCGCCGUAUCGCAAAACUCUCCUCGACUGCCCUCAUUGCCGAUGUGUUUAUUCUGGCUGGUAUUGUGUACUUGUUCUACUACGAGAUCGGUACUCUGCUGGAAUCAGGCUUGGCGGACGUUCACAUGUUCAACAAAUCCAACUACCCCCUACUGAUCGGUACGGCUGUGUUUACGUUUGAAGGCGUGGGUCUGGUGAUUCCGAUCACGGAAAGCAUGAAGGAGCCGAAAAAGUUCCCUGCCACGUUGACCAGCGUCAUGUUUGGUGUCGCGAUCCUUUUUGCAUCUGCUGGUGCUCUGUCGUACAUGGCCUUUGGCAGUGAUACACAAACUGUGGUGAUUACGAACCUGCCCGGCAACUCGCGCUUCGUCCAGGCCAUUCAAGCGUUGUACUCUGCAGCCAUUCUGCUCUCGAUGCCUUUGCAGCUCUUCCCCGCCUUGACCAUUUUGGAAUUGGGUCUGUUCAAGCGCAGCGGCAAAUACGAUUUCCGGACCAAGAUGCGCAAGAACUUUUUCCGAUUUGGCACAGUGAUUGUGGCCAUGCUCACGGCGUGGGUCGGUGCCAAUGACCUAGACAAGUUUGUGAGUCUUGUUGGGUCUGUGGCUUGUGUGCCGCUGUGCUUCGUGUAUCCGCCCCUUCUCCACUACCGCGGCUGCGCUACGACACGACGGGCCAAAAUCACGGACAUGCUGGUCUUUGCAUUUGGUGUCUUUUGUGUUCUCUUUGCAGGCAGUCAGACGGUGCACUCGAUCCUGUCAGGCUCCAAUCCACCCAAGAAACCUGUAUGUAUUCCACCGGGUGGCUCUAUGUAA